AUGCCUCAGGGGCAGGCACCAGUGCCUUCAGCGGCGCUGCUAUCGCAGCCUGACGACCCGACGCUCGAGCGCUCCUUCCGCGGCCACAAGGAUGCGGUCACAUCCGUGGCAUUCAACAGCAACCUGAAGCAGCUGAUUUCGGGGUCGCUGGAUGGCACCGUGAUGGUGUGGAAUUUCAAGCCGCAGCUGCGCGCCUUCCGCUUCGCCGGCCACACGGCGGCGGUCUACUCCGUGGCCUUCUCCCCUACGCACUCGCUCAUCGCGUCCGGGUCCAAGGACCGCAGCGUGCGCCUAUGGCAGCCCACUGUCGAGGGCCGCUCCACGGUGCUCAAGGCGCACACAGGCACCGUGCGCUGCGUCCACUUCAGCGCCGACGGCCGCACGCUCGCUACGGCCAGCGACGACAAGACGGUGAAGCUCUGGAGCCUGCCGGCGCAGCGGUUCGUCUGCACGCUGGCGGGGCACAGCAACUGGGUGCGGACGGCGCAGCUCAGCCCGGACGGGCGGCUAGUCGUCAGCGCGGGCGACGACCGCUGCGUCAAGGUGUUCGACAUCGCCAGCCGCAAGGUCAUCCGCUGCUACGAGGACCCGACGGGCGGGUCCAUCAGCGCGGCCGCGUUCCAUCCAGACGGCACCGCCCUGGCCAGCGGCUGCGCCGACGCAAGCAUCAAGGUGUGGGACCUCCGCAGCGACGCGCUGCUGCAGCACUACCGCGCCCACACAGGCGCCAUCACGGGCGCCGCGUUCCACCCCAGCGGCAGCUUCCUCCUGACCUCCUCCCUGGACACCACGCUCAAGGUGUGGGACCUGCGGGAGGGCCAGCUCUUCUACACGCUGCACGGCCACGAGGGCGCUACAAACUCUGUCGCCUUCUCGCCGGGCGGCGACUACUUCGCCAGCGCCGGCGCGGACGAGCAGGUGAUGGUGUGGCGCACCAACUUUGACCGGCAGCUGGACGGGUACACCUUGGGGGCGGUCGUGAGAGAGGCGGGCGAUGCGGGAAUAGGCGCCACCCAGUCUCAGGCGGCGCCACAACAGCAGCAGCCACCGCAGCAGCCGGCUUCGCGGGCGGUCGACGGCCCGGCCUUACAGCCGCGCCCCACCUCAGCGGCUGGGGCGGCAGGGCGCCCGCGCAGCAGCAGCCCGGCGGGCGCGUUGCCUUCCGCCGCGUUGCGGCGAGACGGGCCGCAGCAGCAGAAGCAGCAGCUUGCGCCGGCGGCUGCGCUGGCGCAGGGGCCGGGGGUGGCGGGAAAUUUGUACGCAGCUGGACGCUACACGGAGGCCGAAUCGAAUGUCUCCGACACUGGCGAGAGCGGAGACGUCGGGGACAGGGCAGCGGCGGACGGCGCCGCGGCGGCUGCAGCGGCGUGCGAGCGGCUGGCUGCGGGCGGUGCGGCGGCUGCGGGUGGCUUGGGGCAGGCGGCGCUCCCUGAGGCGCUGGCGGCGACGCUGCGGGACAUCGUCUCAAAGCUGGACCACAUUGCAGGGGCCAUGGACGGCCUCAACCGGCGCGUCAUGGCCACAGAGGAGCGCCUCAGCCGCCUCGAGGCCGCACGCACGGGCAACGCACAUGCGGCAGAAGGGCCCUUGACGUGA